UUCGUCGGGGUAUCAAACUGAUUUCCCAACAUUGACCGUCACCAUGCCUCCCAAAGUAUCUGGGAAAGCUGCCAAAAAGGCUGGCAAGGCCCAAAAGAACAUCACCAAGGGCGAUAAGAAAAAGAACCGCAAGCGCAAGGAAUCCUACGCCAUUUACAUCUAUAAGGUGCUGAAGCAAGUCCACCCCGACACCGGUAUUUCCUCCAAAGCCAUGUCCAUCAUGAACUCGUUCGUGAACGAUAUCUUCGAGCGCAUUGCCUCCGAGGCCUCUCGCCUGGCUCACUACAACAAGCGAUCGACCAUCACCUCCCGGGAGAUCCAAACCGCCGUGCGACUCCUCCUGCCCGGAGAGUUGGCCAAGCACGCCGUCUCCGAAGGGACGAAGGCCGUCACCAAAUACACGUCCUCCAAGUAAAUGAAUUGACCUCAUCCACCUACUAAGGGCCUUUUUCAAGGCCAAUAUUUUCCUUCAAUGAACGAGAUUUUAGCAUUACGGCCCGUCAGUUGUAAGGCGAAUUACCAAGACAUACAUUGGCAUUGAUUUAAUGGUAGGAGAUGCGAUAUAGCCCAAUCUUAAAGGUUUUGAAAACCAACUAGUAAAAGAUCUGAAAAUGUACAAAUGAAUUAUAACUUAGUAAGAAAAACAUUGUUUUCGUUUUGAAAUAGAUUGUUGGUUUCACGGCUAAAAAUUUUCAUUAACUUCUUGGGUCUUCGGGUUGCAAGAAAUCGUCUAGUUUUGAAAUAAACGGACAGUUGAAUUUGGAAGCACAAUCACAUCUUUAUCUUGGGGAGGUUCAUAUUUAGAAGCAUCUUGAAAUCAUGCUCCAGUGGUCUAUAUUAUAAAGAUUUUGUCCCAUGUCCAGUUUGCGCUUUUGAUGAACAAC